AAAUGAAGCCUCCAUACGCUGGCAAGUGGGCACCGUAAUGGGACUUUUAAAUUAAAGAUCAUUUUAAAUCACGUGCCGGAUGCCGGAAACUGCAGACUGCAUCAGCGAAAAAAAGGAACUUUCAGGAAAGAUUUUGGAUGUCUGCAUAUGCAGCACGAAUCUCCUACGAUUCCUUAUGAACGGGCCUAUAAUGUCCAAAAUACUAUGAAGUGGAUUCGCUGUUGCUACUGCUGUUGUUGUUGGUCCUCUCCCACGGAAAAGACCUCAACAUUUGACGACGCAAGUUCUUUGAUACAGGAAGGGCAGACACCCAAUCAUGCUGGAGAAACAGAAGUGCAAACAUUUUACGUUCCAAGAAGACAUUCAUCUUUCAAUACUGGUGUUUACAAUACAGUAGUAACCCAGCCCGGCCGUUCCCAGUCAGACAGUUGCUCUUCGUCGGGAGAUGAUGACAUUCCACCUUUAGAACAAAGAGGGAGGUGCUGGUCCACCAUCCCUGCCACCAGUGCAACUGACGUCACAUCUCUCAUUUCAAACGGAUCAUCGACUGGCCGUGAGUCAAAUGUUAUCCUCAACUCUCGGCCUGUGGUACAACACGACAUAGAAACUGGCAGAGAGAAGAAUACUUUCAUUUUCGAUAAGCAUGUCCUUAGUGGUAUAGCAGAAACUGAGUCUGUGGAAGAAGAGCAGGAAGAGGUGGAGACCGAACGGAACGAAAAAGAAGGUGGAACACAAGUAGCACCAAAAACCGAUUUAGAGGUAUACGGGUACUUAACUUUCGUCACUGCUUAUGAUGAACAAGAACAAAGGCUUACUGUUUUCCUUGAGAAGGCAUCAGAUCUUCCCCAAAAAGGUACACUUCAUCAUUAUAGUACAUUCGUGAAGCUCAGCAUUUCGUCUAAUAGGAAAAACUUUCGCUUGUCCCGGACUGCGAAAAACAGCUUAAAUCCCGUCUUCAAGGAAGAGCAUGUCUUUCAUACUAACAGGUCCAAAUGGAAAUCUACCAAGCAGAAUAUUCUGAAGUUGAGUCUAUUCGACUGCGAUCGCCAAGGCAGGCACGAUGCUGUGGGUCAUGCCGUCCUUCCUCUCGCCAACUUAAACUCCGACAAAGAGGAUCAGCACUGUUUGCCGCUCACACCAAUGUCCAUACCUGCGCGGAACAUUGGCCAAAUAUUAGUGGGUCUCUUUUAUGCUGCCACUCAAAGUCGCCUCUCUAUACAUGUGAUAAAAGCUAAGCAUUUACGUCUAGAUCCUGAAGUACACAAGCGUCAAACACGUCCGUUAAAUAAGGAAGUAUUCGACACUUUUGCCAAGGUGUCUUUAAUGUGCGGUGGACAGAAGGUCAAAACCAAUAGGUCUCGAGUAGUUGUGGACUCUACAGAUCCAUUCUAUAAUCACAAAAGUGAUUUUGUGGUUCCUCCUCAAUUUCUUCUGGACUCAAGUUUAGUAGUGACAGUGAUGGUUAGGGGAGUCCUAGGAAGGAGUUUCCCUCUCGGCCGUAUAACAGCCGGACCCUACACAGAGAAAAGUAAUGGAACUCUUACCCACUGGGGACGAAUGGUGCAGGAUUCUCGUUCCGUCGUUCAGUGGAGGAGUUUAUAUUUGUAAUUAAUGUGUUCUAGUGCAUAAUUAUGCGUGUUUGUGAACAUUUGGGAUUCAUUCAACAUACUCAUAUAAACUCAUGCUAAGUAUGUAGCAUCACAUUCUACCUCCACUCAAAGUUAUACAUUCUGAUGUGGUUCUUCAUAAAUAGGACUGCUAAUUGCACUGUUCUGCAUUUAAACGUUUAUAUUUUGUUAUAAAUUUUUAGAGUGAUUCAUAUAUAUUUUGUAUUACAGAAUCAAAAUUUUUCUCCUUUUGCCAUCAAUUUUAAGUGAAUCAAGUAAAUCACACGAAGUUAAAAUGUUACUUAAAAUUAGUAUUUAGUCAUUUUGAGGCAGUGGAAAGUGCGUCAAUAAAUAUCAAAUAAAUUUUAAAAUUUAAUUAAUCAAAUUUGUCUAUAUUUUACAUAAAUUGAAUUAAUAGAAAAAACUGUUUUGUUUUGAAAAUGAAAAAUUGGGUCUCUAGUGUAAAAUUUUAACUGUAGUCAAGCAUUAUUUUUGAUUCCCAAUCUCUACCGUAUUACGUUUCAAUUUCAAAUGCCUUGAUGACACCUAUCUCCAUGAUUACCUGGAAAAGUUUAAAAAAUUUAAAAUUCCAAAUGUAACUGAAUAAAUUGUAGUUUAAGAAAACCAUUGCUUUAAAACUCUGUACUAUCUGAGGAUUCUUCUAAUAUUUCUGCUCAAGCUAACAUUCAGAUUUACUUUGCAAAACUUCUGCGUACAUUUGAAGUACAUUCCAGGUUCUUUUCCUGUUUUACUUAAAGUAUUUCUACAGUUAAGACUUCAAUAUUUUGUGAGCGGAUAAAAAUUUGUUUAUAGUUUUACCAAAACGCAUGUGAUAGAAAUUUGCAUGAAGUAAGCAGAUAUUUAUCUGGUCUGCUGAGCCUUCACGUGCCAUAAAUUUCUCACCACAUACACAGGAUUCGUACGGUUCUUCAGAGUCCUUAAAAGUCCUUAAGUUUUUUGGAAUCGAUUUUUGGUCCUUAAAAAGUCCUUAAUUUCGGCCAAAAUCGUCAGAAGGUCCUUAAAUUUUAAUCAUCUGAAAUUUCUGACUGUUUUUACGACUGCCAUUUUGAGUGUGAAUUAGCAUUUUGGAGAUAUAUUUUUGGUAAUUCUCUGACAAAUAUCGUUAUUUUUUGAAUGGGUGAAUGCUUUCAUGGGUUAUAAUUUGUUCCUAUUUCUAAUAUAAAGGGUGGAUUUUAAGAUCAGUUUCUAUAGAAAAUAUUUAAUUCCGAGAUCUGGGAAUUUUUUCGACGAUUUUUUAAAACAUUGUAACAU